AUGGCCGCCUCGAUCCCAAGCGAUUUGCGUAAUCUGCGCGCCUGCCUCCUUUGCUCGCUUAUCAAAUCCGUCGACGCGUUUCAAACCGAUGGAUGUGAGAAUUGUGAUGAGGUGUUGCACUUGAAGGGUGACGAAGAGAAAGUUUAUGAUUGCACCAGCGCCAACUACGACGGUAUGAUCGCGGCGAUGAGCAACGACGAUUCGUGGGUGUGCAAGUGGCAAAAGAUGCAACGACGCGUGAAGGGCAUCUACGCGAUUAGUGUCUCCGGAUCGCUGCCCAGCAACGUGGUCAGCGAUUUGAAGAGCAUGGGAGUACGGUACAAGGCGAAUCAGCGCGACUACUCGAUUCAGGCCAAGAAAUAA